AUGCCCCGCGCCCACGACGACUCAAAGGUGUCUGUACUGCUCGACGCACCAAAAGACGACCCCAUCACCUAUGAAGAGCUUAGCAAGUGCAACGGAACGGACCCCUCCAAGCCUGUACUCAUCGCAAUCAAGGGCACAGUCUUCGAUGUUUCACGAAAUCGGGCAUAUCAACCAGGAGGACCUUAUCACGGUACGCCGACCAUCUUCUCGACUUGUCCAUCGCUUCGAAACAGCCGCGUUUUCGAAUGA